AUGAGGAAGAUGCUGGCUGCUGCUGUCUCCCGUGUGUUGUCAAGUGUCUCCCAGAAGCCGGCCCGCAGAGUACUAGUGGCUUCCUGUAACUUCAGCAAUGACGCUAAAUUUGAAAUUAAGAAAUGUGAUCUUCACCGGUUGGAAAAGGGUCCCCCUGGCACAGCAGUGUUAACCAGGGAGGAUGGGCUCAAAUACUACAGGAUGAUGCAGGUUAUUCGUAGAAUGGAAUUGAAGGCAGAUCAGCUAUACAAACAAAAAUUUAUUCGUGGUUUCUGUCACUUGUGUGAUGGUCAGGAAGCUUGCUGUGUAGGCCUUGAGGCUGGGAUAAAUCCAACUGAUCAUGUCAUCACCUCCUAUAGGGCUCAUGGUUUUUGCUAUACUCGUGGAAUUUCUGUCCGAGGAAUUCUUGCAGAAUUGACAGGAAGACGAGGAGGUUGUGCUAAAGGUAAAGGUGGGUCAAUGCAUAUGUAUACCAAGAAUUUCUAUGGAGGUAAUGGCAUUGUUGGCUCUCAAGGGCCCCUGGGAACUGGUAUUGCUUUGGCCUGUAAAUAUAAAGGAACCGAUGAGGUCUGUUUGACUCUGUAUGGGGAUGGUGCUGCUAAUCAGGGGCAGCUAUCUGAAGCUUACAAUAUGGCAGCUUUGUGGAAAUUACCUUGUGUUUUCGUCUGUGAGAAUAACUUCUAUGGAAUGGGAACAUCUGUUGAAAGAGCCGCAGCCACCCCUGAAUACUACAAGAGAGGAAAUUUUAUCCCUGGAUUAAGAGUGGAUGGAAUGGAUGUUCUCUGUGUUCGGGAAGCAACUAAGUUUGCAGCUGAUUUUUGCAGAUCUGGAAAGGGACCCAUCCUUAUGGAGCUGCAAACAUACCGUUAUCAUGGGCACAGUAUGAGUGAUCCUGGAGUCAGUUACCGAACACGAGAAGAAAUUCAGAAUGUAAGAAAUAAGAGUGAUCCUAUUAUGAUUCUCAAAAACAGAAUGGUAAGCAACAAUCUUGCCAGUAUUGAAGAACUGAAAGAAAUUGAUUUUGAUGUGAGGAAAGAAGUUGAUGAUGCAGCCCAGUUUGCCAUAACUGAUCCCGAACCACAUUUGGAUGAACUAGGCCAUCACAUUUACAGUAGUAAUCCUCCUUUUGAAGUUCGUGGCACAAAUCAAUGGAUUAAAUUUAAAUCUCUAAGUUAA